UUAACCAUACCCAGCGUUUUCACAGAACUCUCCUUUAAAACAGCGGGACUGUCCCUUCGUGGUUCUGAAUCCAGUCCACUGUGAUCCAGUCCUGGUCCCUCCUCUCCCUGUCUGGAUCCUGAGCUCUGAUUGGACGCUGGCUGCUCGUCAGGAAGAAAGAGGUUCUGUGUUGUUCAGACACUGUCAGGAGGACGUGGACCCGACCGGAACAUCUCGGUGGAUUACAGACCGUGGCUGCGGCGUUCUUUUUUUUUUUUUUUAGUCGAACCGAACCGAGUCUCUCUGCAGGCCCGCUCGGAGACUCGGACUGGACGGCUCCCAGUGAUCCGGACCCGCCGAGCCGCUGUGUGGCGACCUCCUGGACGAGCCUGUACCCCCCCUCACCGGAGGACCCCAGUCCGCUGCUGCCUCUGCUGAGCCGGUCCGGGAACAGAUCAGGUCCAUGGACGAAGUGAGCGGCCGAGGUCCGGUUCGGCUGCAGGAGGAGAACCAGUGACAGCGGACUCCUGUUGAAACAGAACCGCUGUUUACUUCCACACAGUCCGCACCAGGAGUGAAGCCCCUCCCCCUGUCUCCAUUGGAAACUCAGUCGUCGGCUUCGUUGGGUGGUGCUGGUGAGCGGCAGGCCUUAGAGCUCAGGGUCCGAGCAGUUGAAGAGGAGAACCGGGCGCUGCGCCGGGAGCUCAGUCGGCCUCCCAAGAAUAAGUCUGCACACCUUCCAGAUGGCCCCCACCACAGGAAUCAGAACCGGACGUACUCAGAGGAGGGCACCGGGGACAACGAGGGUCAUAGAAAGGCUGCGGUGGGAAACAACUCUGACUGCGUGCAGCAGCCGGUGGUGGAUAAGUGUGAGACCAUCCACGUGGCCAUCGUAUGUGCAGGUUACAAUGCCAGCCGAGACGUAGUGACGCUGGUCAAAUCCGUCCUCUUUCACAGACGGAACCCCCUUCAUUUUCAUUUCAUCACCGACUCCAUUGCCCAGCAGAUCCUGUCCUCCUUGUUCCACACCUGGAUGGUCCCUGCUGUCAAAGUCAACUUCUAUGACGCCGAUGAGCUAAAGUCUGAGGUGUCCUGGAUCCCUAAUAAACAUUACUCUGGGAUCUACGGCCUGAUGAAACUAGUCCUGACCAAGACGCUGCCCUCGGACCUGCAGAGGGUCAUAGUUUUGGACACAGACAUCACCUUUGCCACCGACAUCGCUGAGCUCUGGGCCGUCUUCCACAAGUUCAAAGGUCAGCAGGUUCUGGGUCUGGUGGAGAACCAGAGUGACUGGUACUUGGGGAACCUGUGGAAGAACCACCGACCCUGGCCGGCUCUGGGCCGAGGCUUCAACACAGGACAUCUUCAACGCCGUCAUCAAGCAGAACCCAUUUCUGGUCCACCAGCUGCCCUGUUUCUGGAACGUCCAGCUGUCGGACCACACACGCUCUGAGAAGUGCUACAAAGAUGUGUCAGACCUGAAGGUGAUCCACUGGAACUCUCCAAAGAAGCUGCGAGUGAAGAACAAGCACGUGGAGUUCUUCAGGAAUCUUUACCUCACAUUUCUUGAAUACGAUGGCAACCUUCUGCGCCGUGAGCUGUUCGGCUGUGUGAGCGAGGCUGACCACAACAGCGAGAAUCUCCAGAGGACUUUGUUAGAGCUCGACGAAGAUGAUCCCUGCUACGAGUUCCGCAGAGAGCGCUUCACACUCCAUCGAACGCAUCUUUACUUCCUCCACUACGAGUACGAGAUCAGCUCGGACAACAGCGAUGUCACUCUGGUGGCUCAGCUCUCAAUGGACAGGCUCCAGAUGUUGGAGGCCAUCUGUAAACACUGGGAAGGUCCCAUCAGCCUGGCCCUGUACCUCUCAGAUGCUGAGGCCCAGCAGUUCCUGCGCUAUGCUCAGGGAUCUGAAGUGUUAAUGAGCCGAGGGAAUGUAGGCUACCAUAUAGUCUACAAAGAAGGCCAGUUCUACCCCGUGAACCUGCUGCGGAACGUGGCCAUGCAGCAGGUCAACACACCCUACAUGUUUUUAUCAGAUAUUGAUUUCCUGCCCAUGUACGGCCUCUACGAGUAUCUCAGAAAGUCGGUCGUUCAGCUGGACAUGGCCAACACUAAAAAAGCUCUGGUGGUUCCAGCCUUUGAGACCCUGCGAUAUCGUCUGUCCUUCCCAAAGUCGAAGGCUGAGCUGCUUUCUCAGCUGGACAUGGGCACGCUCUUCACUUUCAGAUACCACGUGUGGACGAAGGGUCACGCACCAACUAACUUUGCUAAAUGGCGGACAGCCACCACGCCUUACAAAGUACAGUGGGAGGCCGACUUUGAGCCGUAUGUGAUGGUGAGGAGAGACUGUCCUGAGUAUGACCGCCGCUUUGUGGGCUUCGGCUGGAACAAGGUGGCUCACAUCAUGGAGCUGGAUGCACAGGUCUUAUACGAAACCCCAGUGGGAUUCUGUAAGACGUCACUGAGAACAUUAGAGCAUCAGUGCGGGACCACCUGAGUCUUUGACUCCAAACUUUGUCCUUUACUGUGGAUGGAGAAGAGAUGACUGUCUGCUGUGGGGGGCCGAGUUCAGGGACCCCUGCUCCAUCUCAGGCAGCAGGCAAAGCAAAGCAGAGAUUCAACGCCUUGCUAUGUUUGUUAAAGCAGUGACGGCCUGUGUGUGUGUGUGUGUGUGUGUGUGUGUAUGUGUGUGUGUGACAGCAGAGUAGGCAGUCAGAUAAGACAAAGACAUAAAGGCAGGUUUUCAAACCGUGUGAUGAAAUAGUAAUGUGACUCAGCUGAGCGUGUUGAGCCGUGUAUGACUGGAGAUCAUCUCUCCUGUGAGAGCCAGGACCCUCGGGGGGUCCUGGCUCCCUGUCGUGGUUCGUCUGUAGACUUCCUGUCAGAGCACGACACCAAAUGCUGCAACAGAAAAUGUUGGGGAGUCACCCUGAUCUCCACCAACGGUUCACUCACAUUUUGAUAUUCCUUUAAGAGGUUUCAGUUUUGUUGGUGGAAACAUGGAGAGCUGCUGGUCUUUCUGUCUGAACUGAAGGUUUAACAUCAGUUUUUGUAGUUGUUUAAACCAGGGGUCUGCAGCCUGCUGCCCUGAGGCUUCAGGUGGUCCUUUAGUUCCUGUAACUUUGACCAAACAAACCAUGGAGUGACGA